CCAUCCCAUCACAGGACCCUUCCCCUUUAGCAACAAGCCAGCCAUCUCGCUAGCUUUGCUGCUUCCUCAGUCAGUAAUGGCGUCCAAGCAGAUGCUCGUCGCCGUAUUCGCCGCGGCCGCCCUCGCCGUGGCCUUCCUCCCGGGGCUCGCCGUCGCCACGGAGCACAUGGUCGGCGACGACAAGGGCUGGACCCUCAACUUCAACUACACGGCCUGGGCCGAGACCAAGCAGUUCGUCGCCGGCGACACGCUAGUGUUCAAGUACAACAGCCCCGCCCACAAUCUGGUGGAGGUGGGCGGGCCGGACUUCCUCUCGUGCACCAAACCGGCCAACGCCGUCGUCUUGACCACCGGCGAGGACCGGGUCACGCUCGACAAGGCCGGACGCAAGUGGUUCUUCUGCGCCGUCGGCCAGCACUGCCAGAACGGCAUGAAGCUCAAGAUCACCAUCCUCGAGACCGCUCCGCCGACUCCCCAGCCAGCCCCGACCAACCCUGCUGGCAAGCUGCAGGCGCGGUUCGGUGAGGCAGCGGCCGCGGUCACUGCGCUCGCCAUGGCCGUGCUCGUGCUCUAGGCUACAACUCCCAUCGACCUUCUAUAUGUGAGCCACCGAGACCGUCGCGUCGUGUUUUUCUUUCUAUUUGUGUGUGUUGUCGUGCUGCUUGUUAUGUAUCAGCAUUAUUGUUUGAGAGGCGUUUUUCAGACCAUGGUUCAGCCGAACCUAUGAUGAAUACAAUUGGAUUUUACACUGAAA